UGUGAGAAUGGGAUGCCAGAGUAUGCUGUGCCGAGAUUUUGUGGUCUUUUGAAAAUCAUGUCUAUUCUUUUAUAAUUCGGUAUCGCUGCCGCGUAUUUGUUUCCUGCUUGUUCUAAACGCUCGACGCCGGUAGUCGUAUUAUCUUCUUCCAGCUCCACAUACCUGGUGAAGGUUUCCUUGUCCGUUGACCAGAUGCUGCGCCCAAGCUUGGUAGUUAUCCUCAUCAUCGCUUACGUCUACGGACAGGAUGACCUUUACAAUGACAGCGACACCGGGCUGCGCGACUUCCUGGACAUGGAGCCGGCGGUGAUGGCACUGCCGGAUAUCAUUAGUGGACCGGUGGACAAGCGUCACAUCUUCUACACCGGAGGAUGGGGCGCCGGUGGCAGCACCAUGGGAUAUCCGCGCGGCAAAGACAUCAAAGUACAGGCGGCCCGUAAGAGCUCCGACCAACCGGUUCCCGGGGUGUCCGGUGCGGGGCAGCCCAGUGCCAGCAAAUCCGGACGAGUUCGCCAGCUGUUUCUCUCCCGCAACUGGGGACCGGGAUGAAUCGGUUGGUAUGAUGGACCAGUGAACAGCAGAGCUGUAGCGUAUAAUGAUGUAGCAAUAAUGCGGCUGUUAGUGUACUGUUGUUUCGUAGCGUUAUUCGGUGCAACUUUGACCUUUCCCUAACCUUGCUUCUGUGCACAAAUGGUAUAC